AUGUUGACACACAGCGCCCUCGUUGCGCUGCUCGGCGCCACCUCCUCCGUCUCGGCUCAGGUCUAUACCGUGCCCUCUCAGCCCAACCCCAAGGGCGAGCCCCUCGACGGCUUCGUGAGCUAUUCAAUCGAGUUCUCUUCCUUUCCAGAGUUUGCCGGCAACAAGUCGUCUCCCAACUUGUUCUCCUACAACCUCAUCAAUAACCUCGGCGCCCUCUCUGGAUCCAAGCCCUACAUCCGCGUCGGCGGCAACACCCAGGACUAUGCCCUCUACAACGCGUCCCAGGAGACGUCCCUCGUCGGAAUCGUCAACCCCAGCCGGUCCCCCGACUACCCAACCACCAUCCACAUCGGACCAUCGUAUUUCGAGUCCUACGGCACCUGGCCCGGCGUCAAGUUCUCUCACGGCUUCAACCUCGGGCUCGGCGGCAACAGAUCGGAGGGGUGGCAGACCCUCUCCGACACGGUCCCCUUGGCCUGCAAGGCCCUCAGCCACGGAAACCUGUACACGUGGGAGUACGGCAACGAGCCUGACCUCUUCUCGACGUCGGCUCAGGGCCCCGUGCGGCCGUCGAGCUGGAACGAGAGCACGUAUGUCUGGCAGUGGCUCAACGGCACGGCCGAGAUCAAGAAGCAAAUCGUCAAGCACUGCCCUGCGCUGGCCCUCUUUGGCGAGCCCACGUUUAUGGCUCCGUCUUUUGCCGGCACUGGCAACCAUCUCAAGGCGAUCCCUGCGUUCCAGGACGGCCUGGACAAGAACAAGAACAUUGAAUACUUUUCCACCCACAACUACAUCAGCGGUGCCACGUCUCCCGGCGUCACCCUCCAGGGCACCCUGAUGAACCACACCAGGACCGUCGGCUCCGUCGAGGGCCACCUCCCCGAAGGAACCAAGGCCCCCUACUACGGCAGCAUCGCCGUCGCCGCCACGCUGGGCAACUCGGCCCUCCUCCCCGUCAGCAUCACCAACCUCCCGCUGCCCGACGCCCGCGAGGCCGCCUACGCAGCGCACUACUCGAGCGGCCUGCUCAGGGGCCACCUCGCCCGCAUCACCGUCCUCAACAUGCGCGGCUACAACACCACCGUCGACGGCCAGGGCCUCGAGCCCGUCCCCAGCCCGCCUCCUCGGCCCAGCCAAAAGUACACGUUUGCCGUGAGCGGCGUGCGCAACGGGGCGCGGGUCGGGGUGCAGCGGCUGCUGGCCAACGGCAGCGAUGCGAUCACCGGCAUCACGUUUGAUGGCUGGAGCUAUAACUAUGAGCUGGACAAGGGGAAGCCUGUGAGGCUGCAUAAUGUGACGGUUGGGGAGACGGCGGUUGUGAGGAACGGACAGGUGACGGUUGACGUGCCGGAUUCGUCGGCGGUGCUGCUGAGUUUUCCCCUUUUGUAG